AUGAUGCCAGAAGGGAGAAGGCAGGUAGGUCAUCCCAACCUGUUUAGAGACAGGAGCCCAGAGAUGAUCCAAGACCCCAUACAAUUUGCUCCUGGAGUCAGACCACACCCCUACUCUCUUCAAAAGAUUCAGAACCAAAAAAAAAACAAAACAAAAAAAGAUUCAGAACCAGCUGGGGUUGAAGAGGAAUAUCCCCAGCUUAGGGGUCCCCCCAUCUUGAUGGGGCCUGGCCUGGGAAGGCCAGGCAAGAAUGGUGGCAACCAGACCAGCAUCAUCACAGCACCUGUCUCCCCAAGAGCCACACGCUCACCUGAGAAAACUUAUACGGAAAAAGUCCAUGCAGCUAUUCGAACGUGCUCUGGCUUUCCUUCAGGACGGCAGGGGGCCAGGGCCAUGUGGGUGGUGGGUAGACCUACUGGACUUAUUCCCCUGGAAUGA